AAUUGAACUUGCUGGGGCUCCAAGCGACUUUCACGUCAUUCUCAGAAGUCCAGACAGCCAACUGGCACAUACACUUUAUACAGAUAUGUGCAGACCUUCACAGUUGAACGCGUUCGAUUUGUUUUGCGAUUGCCACUUUCUUCCGCCAUGGAGCUGCUUUGUAGACUGCAGCCAUUUAUAGAAUCCGUUGCGGACGUGGUUGGAGUUCAGAACGAGUGGUUUGCCACGGAGGAAGAGAUGCUCGCGGAACUGGCGCGAAGCCAAGAUAACUUUUGGGACCAAACCGUCAAGGCUGUGCACGAGAUCCACAAGGAGGCCAGGAAGGUGAAGCAGCAAGUGCAGACCGUUUGCGAGGUGUUUCGCACUGCUUUUUCGUGUUGCUACACCGCGACGGUUUCAGAAGAGGGAGGUGGUGACCCAGCCACCUCGCAUUUGGGCGUCGUUUGAGGCAUUUAAUGAGAGCCCAACUCACAGCACUGGCGCUGUAUUCGCCUGUGGUGUUCACCCAUUCGGAGAAAGGUUGGGAGUGUCAGUACUGAGCGGUGCGUUCCAGUUGGUCGGACGGUCGCUGGAGCUGGUGACGAGCGGUAGGGAAAGAAUGGGAUCAGCGACGAGGCAUGUGGGC